AUGUCUGCGAUAUUGGACAUUACUGAUAAUGAAACCGAGGUUGUGUCAAGAAAUUUAAUUGGUGUGGUAGAUAUUGGUUCUAACGGUGUUAGGUUUAGUAUCUCUUCGAAAGCUGCCCAUCAUGCUAGAAUAAUGCCAUGCGUCUUUAAAGACAGAGUUGGUGUAUCUUUGAUCGAUGUACAGUAUGCUCCUAAUUCGUUAACUAAAGGACCUAUUCCUCCGGAGACAAUAAAUGAUAUAUGUGCAGCAAUGAAAAGAUUUAAAUUGAUCUGUGAAGAUUUUGGUGUACCAGAAAAAAGUGUAAGAAUGGUAGCAACUGAAGCUACCCGGGAAGCUAUUAAUUCUCAAGAAUUUAUUGAUGCAAUUUAUGAUUCCACUGGAUGGGCAGUUGAAAUUUUAACUAGAGAAGAAGAAGGUAGAAUCGGUGCUUUAGGGGUUAUUUCAUCUUUCAAUAAAGUAAAUGGUUUGUAUAUGGAUUUGGGUGGUGGAAGUACCCAAUUAUCUUGGAUCAAAGCUGUGGAUGGGGAAAUUAAACAAUCAUCGACACCAAUAUCUUUCCCUUAUGGUACAGUAGCCCUUACCAGGAGAUUAGCACAUCAAGAUAAGAAGAAAAUAUUCAUGGAAAUAAAAGAGGCAUAUGUUAAUGCAAUUCAAAAAAUUGAUAUUCCCCAGGAUAUGAUAGAUGAAGCCAAACAAAAGGGUGGGUUUGAUUUAUUUACUUGUGGCGGUGGUCUAAGAGGAAUUGGUCAUUUGUUACUAUCAGAAAUUAAGGAUUAUCCGGUUCAAACGAUCAUCAAUGGCUUUUCUAGUUCAUAUGAAGAAUUUUCAUCAAUGUGUGAUUAUUUGAUGUUAAAGGGAAGAGUUCCAGGUAAGAAGGAUCAUAAAAUAUUUAAAGUUUCAGAGAGAAGAGCAGCUCAACUGCCAGCAGUUGGUUUAUUAAUGAGUGCUAUUUUCGAGUCAUUACCGAAGAUUAGAACGGUUCAUUUCAGUGAAGGUGGUGUCAGAGAAGGUACAGUUUUUUCUAUGUUGCCUAGAGAAAUUCGCUCACAAGAUCCACUAAUUAUUGCAUCAAGGCCUUACGCACCACUACUGGCAAAUAAAUAUCUUCAUUUGCUGAGAACAGCAAUCCCUUCACAUGAUAUUCCAACAAUCGUAUGGAAUAGAAUCGCACCGGCAUUAUGUAAUCUUGCAUUUGUUCAUGCUUCUUAUCCAAAGGAACUCCAGCCUACUGCUGCAUUACACGUUGCCACAUCAGGUAUAAUAUCUGGAUGUCAUGGUUUAUCACACAGAUCCAGAGCUCUAAUCGGUAUUGCACUAUGUAACAGGUGGGGAGGUGAUAUUCCAGAACCAGAAGAACAAUAUAUGCGUUCAUUAGAAGAAAUAGUGCUGCGGGACACAAAUAAAUAUGAAAGAAAAAGGAUUAUAUGGUGGACUAAAUACAUUGGUACCAUCAUGUUUGUUAUAUGUGGUGUUCAUCCAGGUGGUAACAUCAGAGAUGGGUUCUUAAAUUUCAAAAUAUUGGAAAGAGAUGAUACUAAUGAAAAAUUCAAGGAACUAACGAUUGAUGAAAAACUUGUUUCUUCUAACUCUACAGUAACUAACACGGCUUCUAAUGCAACUCGUGAUAACAAUUAUGAAUUUGAGAUUGUAGUCCAAAUUAGUAAAGACGAUUUGAAGACAAGUGCUUCAGUUCGUUCUAGAAUCAUAACUUUACAAAAAAAGAUUAGAAAACUUUCAAGAGGAAGUUCGGAAAAAGUUAGAGUCGGUGUCCAAUUCACUGAAGAGCAGCAAACUCAAUCAUGA